UGCUAAAUCUCCUUGAUGCUGUGGCUACAAUCAGAAUUCGCCUUGAAGGAUUCGAAAAUGGAGCUAGCAGACUUUAUGAUCCUGUGUCUUCUGCUGCACGGGCCACAUCAUGCGAAGUCACAGGAGAACCCCACCAUUUCAAAGGAACCAGACCGUGGUCCCCUGGAUCCUAAUCUGAAGGAAGUCAAACCUUUGAACGCCUCUGUAGAUCUGGUGGCUGAUACUGUGGACCUUGAGACCCCAGGUGAGACAACAAACCUGCGCUGGAUCCCUGCAGACAGACGAGGCAACAAACAAACGAUCCCCCUCAAUGCAUUCAGCAUAUACAACAGCUACACAUCUCGAGAGGAAUAUGUCUGCAGACCCCGGGAUACCUGUGCUUUGGGCUUUAUGACUGAGGCGAGAGGCUUCUACUGCUAUUAUUCACUGCGUGGCCACCAGCUUCUGACUAACAAUUUCCAGUUUUUGCAAAACAGGAAGAACUAUGAGUUGCUUGAGUGGAGACCGGGCCAAAACGGAAGUGUGCCAAAAUACAGCAUUAAAAACUGCGAGCAUAACUUUGUAGGGAGGAACAAAUAUGGCCUGGGCAAUGUGCACUCCGUGAUGAAAGUUUUCUACCUCCCCUGGGAAGGCAAAGAAUACUGGUAUCAGGAAUACGAAGUGUUGACCGUUAAUCGCGACCCGUACCACCUGCAUGUCUCCCAAAUCUCCUAUGACACGAAGAAGGUUAAUGUAAGCACUUAUCCGUCUGAAGAGUUAAUGGAGUCCAUUUGCAUGACCAACAACAACAGCAAGGAAAUAGUCAAGGAGGUGUACAUGCAGACGACGCAUGAAAAAGAGAACUUUUGGGAACCUAGUCUCAGUAUGCCACACAUGCUGUCCACUAACUUCUCAGCCAAAAUUCCAGAAAUUGUCUUGGGAAGGGGAAACGGCUCCAGGGGGUCAGGCGCGAAGGUGUGGAGUGGGUACAAGUUCAGAGAAAACGUCACUCUCACUCUGCAUCACACAACUGUUAUCCAACCCGGUCUCUGCUGUAAGGUGAAGAUGCUGGGCAAGAAGACGGAGGUCACUAUGCCCUUCUGGGCGCAGGUCACCAAGAUCUACCUGAACGGGACGACACACAAAGCAGCAGUGGCGGGCAACUAUAGGAGCAAGGAAAUGGGAGGAAUCGGAGGAGAGUCUGGCGCCUGUGUGCCAGUCGAGACAAAGAAUGUCACCACAGAGCGCAGCCAGCCCAACAAACCUAUAAAACCAACAGGAGCUGUUAGCACAUUAUCCCCUGGGCUGGGUUCCUAUGCCAUCCUUGCACUUAGCUUGACAGCUUUUCGUGUGGCGGUAUACUAAUGGUUGGGUCUCAUAUUGGUAUGCAAAGUCUGUGCCAGUGAAAUUCUCUUGUAACUUUGUGGAGAGAUGGCACGCACCAUGAAUGAGCCUGCUAGAUAUCGUUGUGCUUCCACUGCCACAUUUUAACUCACGUCGAUUUUCAUACUAACCUGCACUACCUGUAGGGAUCUGGGUACACACACACACACACACACACACACACACACACACACACACACACACACACACACACACACACACACACAAUUACGCUGAAAUGGAAUAUAUAGAAUUUAAUGACUAAUGCUGAUAUGUCAUGCUUGCAGUGCAGUUGCAUAAGUAUACAUUUGGUAGCUGUAUGUCUGAUCAAGUUUCAGUCAGUUCAGUUCAGUCUGAGAUACUGCAGUGUCUACCUGCUGGGUGUGUACCUGCUAUUUUAUGUUUACAUUUCUGUAUUAUUCUGUUGUAUUACUUGUGCUCCUCAAUCUGUUACCUAGCCUCCUAGUUCACCUGUUCUCUCAUUUGUUCUUCUCUCCUUGAGUACCUUUCAUUCUACCUCUCUCCAAACUUUUGCUACCGCUCAUGCUGUCUUUCUGAUGUUUAAAGGGAGUUUCCCCAUUGUCAUCAGGUAGUUGCACUUGUCUGGGGAUUGGGCCUUGGUUUUGGUAAAGUGGGUUGAGAUUGCAGUGAUUAUUCACACAGUUGGUUUUAUUUAUAUAUAUACGUAUAUAUAAUUUGUCCGCAAUUUUUCUUAAAUGGUGUUUAUACUUAGUAGUGUAUCAUCUAUCUCAUGAUGCCAACACAGUCCUACAGUCUUAUAACCAACAUCUCAUGACACAGUGUAUCACUGAUACAGUGUAUUAUUGAUGCAUUAAAAAGCCACACGUUGUCACUUA